AUGUCUAGAGCUGUGAGGUGUGGUGCUAAUAGCUGUGGUGAGAUUGGUGCAAUUGCUUUGGGUGCAAUUGUGGUGGAUGUGCACGAUGGGGAGUGUGAGCCUAUCGGAAUGUCACCAUCCGAACUGUUCAAGUUGUUAGUUCGGAGCCGAGACGAAAAGACUUACAGAGUUGUUGUUGAACAAGGGGUGCUUCGAUGGCUCGACAAUGCCCCAGCCGCGCCGAAGCCCGGCAUGAUGGACGAGACGGAAGCGGCUCUUUGGGACGCGCUGGAUAAGAGCAGUCUCCAGCAGACUGUCGUAAGCGAGGAAUCGUUCCAACGGCUAGGCUGCAAGAUCCGUUCAUCUCAGGGUAACGUGUACACUCAAGUCAAAUGUAAGGUCGUAGACUGCAACCCAUUCUAUCAACUUUGCUUCCCGGCAAAGCUGGAGGCGUGCCAAAGGGAGGCGGGACGCCUGAGCGAGCGCCUUGGUGCAUUCAUAACCGCGCUGGAUGAGGGACGUUUUGAUUUUGACACCUUCGACAGUUGA